AUGAGCAACUCAGGAGACCUGGAGAAGGGCUCAAGCGAUGUCAAUCGCAGCCAGGACGAGGACGUCCCGUCCAUUCAGAGAAUCCCGGAGGACCCGGAUGCCCAUCUCUCGCCAGCCGAGAAAGAGGAAGUCCUCUGCUUCUUAUACCUCCUGGCUUUUCUCGACCGGACCAACAUCGGCAAUGCGAGGAUUGCCGGCCUCGGAGACGACCUUGACCUCACGACGCAUUCUUACAACGCGACUCUAACCAUCUUUUUCGUGUCGUACGCCGUUUUUGAACCCCUCACCAACAUCAUGCUCAAGCGGCUCCGCCCGUCCAUCUUCAUCCCCAUCAUCAUCAUCUUAUGGGGCGCCAGCAUGACGGGUAUGGGCUUCGUCUACAACUGGUCCGGCCUGAUGGCGGCCCGGUGGUUCCUGGGCCUGACCGAGGCCGGCCUCUUCCCGGGGGUGAACUACUACCUAUCCUGCUGGUACAAGCGCUCGGAAUUCGGCGUGCGCGCCGCCAUCUUCUUCUCGGCGGCUGCCCUGUCCGGAUCCUUUGGCGGGCUGCUCGCGGCGGCGAUUGAAAAUAUGGACGGCAUCGGCGGGCGGCCCGGUUGGGCGUGGAUCUUUAUCCUGGAGGGCUUGCUGACCAUCGUGGCCGGGUUCGCGUCCUUCUGGAUGGUGCACGACUUCCCGGACGAGGCCAAGUUCCUGUCGGACACGGACCGCGCGCGCGUGGUGCGCCGCCUCAAGCUCGACAAGCAGGCCUCGGCCGACCACGAGGUCUUCCGCAUGAAGUGGUUCUGGGCUGCCGUUAAGGACUGGAAAAUGUGGCUUGGCAUGGUCAUCUACAUGGGCUGCGACAUGCCGUUGUACGCCUUCUCGCUGUUCCUCCCGACCAUCAUCACCAACCUCGGCUGGAACACCAGCGUCGUGCGUGCCCAGCUCAUGUCGGUGCCGCCGUAUGCCGCUGCGGCCGUGCUGACGGUUGCUGUGGGUUUCAUCGCCGACCGGACGCGGGCGCGCGGCCUCUGUAACAUCAUCGUGUCUCUCCUUGGCGUGGUUGGGUUUGCCAUGCUUCUUGGGACGGACGCUCCUGCGGUGCAGUAUGCCGGCACGUUCCUUGCCGCGCUGGGAAUCUAUCCGUGCAUUUCAAACACCAUUAGCUGGAUGGCGAACAAUGUGGAAGGGGUGUACAAGAGGGGAGUUGUGCUCGGCUUCGUCAUCGGCUGGGGCAACCUCAACGGCGUCGUCAGCAGCAACAUCUACUUCAGCCCGCCCCGAUUUUACGAGGGACACGGCGUCGUCAUGGGCUAUCUGGCCGUGUUUCUAUUUGGUGGUUCGGUCCUGAUGUCGCUGCUAUUGCGGCGCGAGAACGCCAAGCGCCAAAGGGGCGAGCGCGAUGUCUGGAUUCAGGGCAAGACGCCCAAGGAGAUCGAGGAGCUCUGUGAUCAAAAACCGGAUUUCAUCUAUACCACCUGA